AUGGAUGUGAAAGAUAUUAAAGGUGCCAAAGUGACGCAUGCCGGUCUGCUCAAACACAACACCGAUGGCAGCACCGAAACGCAAAAGAUCACGCAUGCCGGCUUAGUGGCGCGCAGUCCCGAAGGCACUGCCGCCAAGGGUAUGAAUAUACGUGGCAAUGAGGAUUUGUGGGUGGAGAUACAGGCGAAUACGUUUCGCAAUUGGGUGAAUGAACAUUUGCGGCCGACGGGUAUGCAGGUGCUCGAUUGGGCUACAGACUUUUGUGACGGCACUUGCCUGUGUGCACUGGUGGAGACUCUACAAACGCGCCCCCUCAAGCCAUCAUGGAAUCGCCGUCCUGCCAAUCAACAUCAUUACCUAGAGAAUGCUACGACAGCAUUGAACGCCAUAGAGAAAGAUCACAUCAAGCUGGUGAAUAUUGGCAAUGUGGAUAUUGUCAACGGCAAUGUCAAGCUCAUUUUAGGACUCCUCUGGUCGCUGAUUGUGCGCUACCAGAUUGGACGUAGUAAAUUCCCGCCGCGGAAACUUAUGCUCGCCUGGUUGCAAGCGGCACUGCCCGAGUGCAAAAUCACCAAUUUGACCACAGAUUGGAAUAGUGGCGUGAAUUUGGCCGCUUUGUUGGACUAUUGUCAGCCGGGACUAUUUCCCCAUUGGCGUUCGCUGGAUCCCAAGCAGAGCGUACAAAAUUGUACGAAUGCCAUGAAUUUGGCACAGAGUGAGUUUGGUGUGCCGCGUGUGCUGGAACCGGCGUAUUUGGCCUCACCAUGGUUGGAUGAACUCUCUGGCAUGACGUACCUAUCAUACUUUAUGAAGCCAGGUGGACCCGGUUAUAAUGCGACAAUGCGUUGGGUUAAUACGCAAGUGAAGGAUUCAGUUAAGAAUUUUACGACCGAUUGGAAUGAUGGACGUGUUAUGUGUGAGAUCAUUAAAGGGCUCGGGGGACCGGCGCCCGCACCUGAGAAGCUCAGCACAGAUCCAUUUCACUACGAAAAUAAUAUACGUAAGGCCGUCGAGGCCGGGCAGCGGUUGGGAGUGCAACCCAUACUCACGGCGAAAGAUAUGGCAAACCCGGAAGUCGAACAUUUGGGCAUAAUGGCCUACGCUGCACAUUUGCAGUGGGUGCCACCGCGACCGCCACUAUCCGAUUUGAUCAAUGUGCUAAUGGAGAGCAAUUCCGGACGGGUCGGCGAGCCGACACACUUCCGCAUCGACGUGCUCUCGCGCGAUAUCAGUCUCAGUACGGUGAAAGCAUACGUAGUGCCACCAUCAGGUCAGCCUCAACUGGUACGUCUAAAUGCGCAUGGCGAGGGUGUCUUUAUACCCGAAAAGUAUGGUAUGCACGAGAUAGUUGUAGAGAUUGGCGAAGACAGCCUGGGUGGACAUUUCUUCCGUGUGCUACCGCGUUUCAUACAAGUAGCGCCACCUGGCAUGGCACCCUGUGCACUGGGCAGCCUCGUCGAGGUACUGGUAAAUGCCACCGGUGCGCCCAAGACCGAAGACAUACUCGUGACCGCCGUCUCACCGACAGGCAUAUCACACAACUGUCCACUGAAGAAGGUCGAGGAGGGACACAGUGCCAUAUUUAAACCAGACGAAGCGGGUAUUUGGGAAAUCGCCAUCACCUAUCAGGGUCGUCACAUACAGGGCGGACCCUUCACGUGUGCUGUCUUCGAUGCCAGCGGUGUAUCGGUGCAUGGCUUAGACGGCGCUAUGCCACUACGUGCACACUCCUUCGAGGUGGACGCACGCGGUGUGGGUGUCACUGGUGAGCUACAUGUCGAUAUUGUGCACGACAAACGUUCGCUGGUGUGUUCUGUGGAGAAAAUCGUUGAAAAUAAAUAUCGCGUCACCUUCAUGCCACGCCAAAAUGGCAAAUAUCGCGUAUAUGUCUACUUCAACGGGUACGAUGUCAAGGGUUCACCGUUUAUUAUGCGUGUGGGCACGAAAGGACGUUCGGGUAAGACUCGUAGUAGCCCCUUGCAUGAGAGCAAACAUCGUUCGGAGAGCCCUUCAAUGCAUUACACCUCUACCACAAAUACGCGACACAAUGACUACAGAAAUGCAACGUCGGCUGCGACGGCAUCCCUCUCACGUCGUGACUUACUAAAUCACAACAGCUCGGAACGGCAGCGUUCGUACUCGCCACAAGUAGCGUCGAAUAUAGAUACGCCCGACUAUCGCACCACGUCCAGCUACUACAAGCGCGAGAGUGAGGAUAAAUUGGCAACCUCCUCACCACCACCACCAGCAGCUCCCCAGCCCCCUUCACGCGAAUACUACAAUAAUUCUCCCGUUACUAAAUAUAUCAACUCAGCCGAUUUGUAUACCGUGAACUCGGCACGCCGCGACUCGAAGGUCUCCUCGUCGUCGUCCACCACGAACAAAAACGAUUACUACUACGACAAAGAGAACGAGUUGUACUCUCGUAAGCGUGAUGAUCGUGAGUUGAAAUUAGGGCCACCACGCGAGGAACGCUAUGAGGAUACGCCUACGUCCUCACUCUACGCUCAGCAGCGGCAGCAGCAGCAGCAGCACUAUCAGCAGCAUAGUCAUACAGUAAACGCCCGAUCAACGACAGCGUUUCCGACACGUCUCAGUCCGAUACCUAGUAUACGCUCGAGUGAGGUACGCACCCACAGCCCAUUGACGAUCAAAACUUCCAUACCGUAUGAGACGAGCACGCGCACACUGAACGCCAGUCCACGUCACACCUCGAUUUCGCCGGUGCAACGACAUUCGCCUAGCAACGCCUACAUUUCGACAGCCACACAUCGCAUCGGCAGUCCAGUCACAACUUUGAAUAAGAAUGGUCUAAAUCGCUCCGAUUACGAGACUUCUCGCACCGUUGAGAAAUCAUCGACUUACAAAUCGACCUCUAAUUAUGUAGCCGACUCGAAUAUACGUGCCAGCCCAUCACUCUACACGACCGCGGAACGUUUGCGUCGCACAGCUUCGCCCGAACCGCGCAUCGAUCAUUCGUCGAACGUGCGUGUGUCAUCGAUUAAGCCGACAACGGCACGACGUGACAGCUGGGAUGUUAUAAAUAAAACUAAACAUAUGCUUUCACAUAAUUCGCUGGAAUCUUUGGCAAAUAUGACGGAAAAGCAAUUGAACACGGACCUCUCUUACAAUCGACCCGACAUCGAUCAUGAAACACAUCGUAAUACGCAAUAUAAUAAAUUUGCUCUACAAGAACAGAAAUAUCAUUCGGAUCGACGUGGUUCACGUGACUCUGUCGACGAUGUGGAUCGUUAUAAACCCAGUGCCAUUACCGUUAAAUCACACUCGAAUAACACUUACACCGACAAAUCGGGUGGUUACACGAAAACCGUUAAGGAAUCUAGUGAACAUGUCGUUACCGAGCGUACCUCUGGUGGUGGCGGUGGCGCCGGCAAUGGUAAUUAUGGCUAUAGUUCACUAUCGCGAUUUCGCCCGAUAGAGAAUAGCGCCACUGGUGCCCGUGCUAUACGUGUUCAGGAUAUACCAAACGGUGCCAUUGGACGUCCCGUUGAGUUUGAAAUUGACGGCUCGAAGGCCGGCUCGGGUAAUUUGGAAAUUUUGGUGAAUGGCGGUCGUGUGACGUCAUCGGUGCGUUCAUUGGGUGGUCAACGUUUCGUGGCUAGUUUUACGCCACACGAGCCGGGCAUACACACAGUGCAGAUAACAUUCAAUGGGGAAACUGUGCCAGGUUCACCGUGGCACGUUGAAAUCAUGUCCACACCCGGUCUAACAGCACUGGGCGAAUCGACACGCCUUGUACCCGCCAACACGCCGGCGGUUUUUGAGAUACUGCCGCCUCCUGGACAAAGCCUAAGUAAGGGCGAGUGCGUGGCAACAGUUUUGACACCAACCAAGUCCAAACUGAAUGCCAGAGUCACCCAUGAGGCGGCAAAUGGUGCUGCACGCAUCGAAUUCGUACCCACCGAAGUGGGUACACACAUCAUUGAGGCAUCGAUAAAUGGCACGAAAAUUGCCGGCGGUCCAUUGAUCGCCAAAGUCUACGAUGCGAGUCUAAUACAAGUGACCGAUGUGAAUGGCGGUGUUGUCGGGCAACCGUGUCAAUUCCGUGUCGAUGCGAGCGCUGCUGGCGAGGGUCAGCUAGAGAUAUCGAUUAACGAAGGCGAAGUACCGAAUCACGUGCAAGUCGUUGGCGGUGGCCGUUGUUUGGUCUCCUUCACACCGGAGCAAGCUAAAUCACAUUUAAUCGAUAUUAAAUUUAAUGGUGAGACAGUACGUGGCUGUCCAUUCGUAUGUCCAGUUGCCGAUACGUCGAGAGUAAUGUUGAAUUUGUCGAAUCUUGAGUUGAUACCCGUCAAUCGGCCAGCUUCGUUUCAUAUAACUGUUAGUGGUGGUGGUGCUGCUGAAUUGGCGGUUAGUGUACGUGGUCCGCAUGGUGAAUUGCCGGUGCGUGUAACUGGCGAUAUACAUGCUGGCUUUACAGCCGAGUUCACGCCCACCACCGUGGGUGGGCACACAAUCAAUGUGGAAUAUAAUGGUUUCGCCGUACAAGGCACACCGUUCUUGGCGAAAUCUUAUGAUGCCACCAAAGUGACGGUGGGUAGCGUGUCACGUGGCACUGUUGGCCGUCCUGUGCAAUUCACUGUGGACGCCGGCGAUGCAGGUGAGGGUAAUUUGGAGAUUACCAUUUCGGCGAAGGGGCAGAAUAUACCGACGCAGGUGCAUCCGCAGGGCAGUGCAAGAUUCUCCGUUUCGUUUGUGCCAACCGAGGCGUGUGAGCAUACCAUCAAUGUGACUUUCAAUAAAAUGCCGGUGCCCGGUUGUCCGCUUACGGUGAACAUCAGUGGCGGCAUGUCCGGCCCACAAGUGUCACUGGGCGGACCCGGUCCCGUGCAUCAGCCAAAUUCUUUUGUUAUCAAUCACACUGGCGGUCGUUUGGAGGACAUCGAGGUCAAUGUGGAAGGACCUGCCGGCCAAUCAGUGCCCGCACAAGUCCACCAAACCUCCGACGGUAUCUUCAAGGCCGAGUUCGUGCCACGCGUUGUCGGCGAACAUCGUGUGAAUGUCACAGUCAACGGUUUGUCCACCGCGGGUAGUCCGUAUGCAGCCAAGGUUUACGACGUGAACGCCAUCAAAGUGAAGAAUGUUAGCAAUGGCACUGUCGGCAAAGCCGUCACUUUCCUUGUCGAGACCUCACAAGCCGGUCCAGGCAAUUUGGAAGUGACUGUCAACGGCGGGCGUGUGCCAACAUCGGCACAAGCACAGGGUCAACACACCUAUGCGAUCAGUUUUACACCGCGUGAUGCACAAAAUCAUACUGUCGAGCUACGUUUCAACGGUCAGGAUGUGCCCGGCUCGCCAUUCACGUGUCGUGUAUCGGCCGCUGCACGCAUACAAUCACCAGAGACCUUGGAUAAAGUUAGUGUUGGGCGUCUCUUUGAGUUUGUCGUCGAAUCGGAUAGUGAGCCGAGUGUAGAAGUGCUCGGUCCGGCUAGACGUAGCGUGCCGGUGAAGAUUGAUCCUGUAGAGAAUAUCGGCUAUAAUAUUAAGUUCGAGCCCGUCGAGGUGGGCGAUCAUUCGGUGGAAGUGCGUUUGCCCGGUGGUGGUCAUGUCGAGGGUAGCCCCUUCUUGCUGAAAUCAUAUUCAGCCGAGAAAGUCAUUGUCACCGAUAUACGUCCUGGUGUUGUUGGUAAGAGUGUGAGUUUCGGCAUUAACGCCAGUCAAGCUGGUGCAGGUAAUUUGGAGAUAAUCGUCGCAGUUAAUGGCAAGAAUGUGCCCAACUAUGUACAAUCCGAGGGUAAUGCGCGUUUCAAGGUUAACUUCAAGCCAACUGAGGCCGCGCCACAUUCGCUCUCGGUACGUUUCAAUGGUCAUCCGGUGCCAGGUUCGCCUUUCACUUGUCAAAUUGCAUCAGCGCCCAUUAGUUUGCCGCAUGCUUUAGCCACAGGUGAGGGUCUCAAGCAAGCCGCUAUCAAGCUGGAUAAUACAUUCGAAUUGGAGGGUUUCGAAGGUGUUGAGCCACAAGUUUUUGUCACUACGCCAACCGGUGAUAAUAUCAUUUGCCAGCUGAGUCCACAAGGUGGCGAUGCCUACACAGCUUCCUUCCAGCCCACAGUGGUGGGUCGUCAUUUGAUCAGUGUCACCGCCAAUGAUAAGCACAUCAACGGUUCGCCCUUCUCUUGCAAUGUCUUUGAUGUUUCACGUGUCAGCAUCAGCGGUUUGGAUCAGCAGUACGGUCCAGCCGCUUUAGGUGUGCCUGUUACUUUCAGUGUAGAUGCCGCUGGCGCUGGAGAAGGCACGCUGGAGCUGGUUGUCUCCACAGAUACGAGCACUGUUAAGGCUGAAGUGGUUGCCUGCGCACGUGGCCUCUAUGACGUGACUUUUGUGCCGCAGACAACAGAGCCUCACUAUGUGAAUAUCACAUUCAAUGAAGUGCCCGUGGACGGCAGUCCAUUCCGCAUCGAUAUACAACAGACUACACAACACAUACAGAUCGGCAGCUUGGCUACCAUUGACUUCCCCACAGAUGAUCAAAUCGCCGAAAUUAUGGGACCUGAUCACAAGCCAGUGCCCUAUACCAUCACCCGACAAACGGCUGAGUUCCGUACGCACAUGACCGGCAACUAUCUUAUACGUUUUAUCGAUCGGGAUACACGUCAACACAUCGGCACACGUACGCUCACCGUAUUUGAUCCGUCAUUGGUGAAAAUUACCGAAGUAGGAGAGGCAAUCUGCCAGCAACCAGCCAGCAUCUCGGUAUCUCUCAACGAGGCAGGACAGGGUGAGCUAUCAGCGCUGGUUAAAUGUGGCGCUGCUGAGGUACCACACUCCAUACGUGGUCCGACGAAGACGGGCGUGUACGAGAUCGUCUAUCAUCCCACGUGCGUGGCACCCCACAAAAUUACUAUACUCUUCAAUGAAGUGCCUAUAUCGCUGAAGCCGCUAGAGAUCAAUGUGCUACCCGCAAAUGUGGGCAAGGAGAUCAGCGUAUCUGGUUUAGGUUUGUAUCAGGCUCGUGUGGGCAAGACCACAUCAUUCGCUAUCGAUACCGUCAAGCGGCCGGCGCGUGAGUUCGAUGUGGUGGUAUCGGGUCCAGGCGGUCAAGCGCUGCCGGUACGUUGCUAUCAAACUAAGAGCGGCCACUUGCAAGCCGAGUUCACCAUAACCAAGCCAGGGCAGAGUAUCAUUGAGGUACUCCACCAAUCUAAGCCAUUGCCAGGUAGUCCGUUCACUUGCGAGGCCUUUGAUACCAGCCGUGUCAGCGUGCAGGGUGUACCCAAGGGUCAAUUAGCAUUACACAGUCCCAUCUGCUUUACAGUGCGCACCGAAAAUGCUGGUAUUGCCGAAUUAGAGGCUUUCGCCGUGUCGCCAACCAAUCAAAAUCUGCCAGUACACAUCACCGAGCAGUCAGAGGGUAUCUACAGCGUGGAAUUCGUGCCAUCCCAACCGGGUGCUUACAAACUGACAGUCAUGUAUGGCGGUGAGACCGUGCAGAGUUCACCUUUUACUUUUACCGCUUCAGCCACAGGCGUGAAGACCGAUACAAGGGCCUCGGGCAAUGGUUUGGAGGUAUGUCAGCGCAACAAGGAGGCCUCAUUCAUUGUCUAUUGCCCCAUUGCGCCGAAUGUGCAGAUCGAACGCGUGGAUGAGUUUGGUGAACGCAUUGAACCGAAAAUUAAGGCCCUGGGCAAUAAUGAGUGGCGUAUUUCAUAUACCAUACUCUCCGUUGGUCAUUACGAGAUACGCGCCAGCUGUCCGAAUCGUGGUAAUUUGCCUGGCUCGCCGUGGAGCAUCUCCUGUGUGGAGACGUCAAAGAUCACACCCGUCGGCGGUUGGGGCACACUACUAGAUCACGAUGGUCGUCUCAUCUUACCAGCGCGUAUAGUUUUUGACGUUGAAAACGCCGGCCCUGGCGAGUUGGCCUGCUCCAUUGAUGGCAUUGAGAUACCCGUGGACAAGUUAAGUGAUGGGAAAAUGCGUCUCUACAUCUCGGCUGAUAGCUUAGCGCCGGGCGAACAUGAUUUGGAUCUAACAUGGAGUGGCCUAACAAUUGUGCAAUGCCCACGUAGCGCCUUCGUUACAGGUCAGCAAGCGGCCGAUAAGGUCAUGCUUACAGGUCGUGGUCUAGCUGCGGCACAAGCUGGGGAGGCGGCACAUUUCACCAUCGAUGCCACAAAUGCUCCAGCUGGUCGACCUGAAGUCAUAUUAGUACAUCAAGAUAACACUUCUGUGCCCGUCAGCUUGGCGCAACCGCGGCCAACAGAGAAUAUCUGGUUGGCGUCCUACACACCGCAAAAGUCAUCGUCGGGACCGCUUACACUUUCGGUAAAAUGGAAUGGUCGGCUGGUCAAAGGUUGUCCACUCACAGUUGCCGUCGGUUCAUCGAUGGACGCUUCGAAAGUUAUCUGUUCGGGUGAAGGUCUCCGUCACGGUAUUGUCGGUAAAGAUAUCAAAUCAUGGAUUGAUACACGUCGCGCUGGUCCCGGUGAAUUGACCGCCCAUUGUGCUGGUCCACGUAAAGUAGCUUACUGUGAGUUGUACGACCACGGUGAUGCCACAUUUACGCUGAACAUCAAGCCACAAGAGCCGGGCAGACACUUGCUGACCAUCAAGUACGGUGGACAAAAUGUGCCCGGCUCGCCGUUUGCCCUCAAAGUCGCCGGAGCACCCGAUGCCAGUAAGGUACGCGUUUAUGGACCCGGUAUUGAACAUGGCGUUCUGGCCACAUUCCAAUCACGUUUCAUCUGCGAUACACGCGGCGCCGGUGCCGGCCAAUUGACCGUGCGUGUACGUGGUCCCAAAGGUGCCUUCCGCGUGGAAAUGCAGCGUGAGAGUCAAAAAGACCGCACCAUACUCUGCAAGUACGAUCCCACUGAGCCGGGCGAUUAUCGCGUCGAAGUGAAAUGGGCUGGUGAAUUUGUACCAGGCUCACCAUUCCCCGUCAUGAUAUUCGACACCGAAGAAGAGCUGCGACGCUAUUUACAAGGUAUAUGAGGCCAGAGUAGUAUUAGCACAAUUAUACUGCCCAGCCCUGCCCUCAGUCGACUAACCCAACAUCAACAUCACCAAUACCAACAACAACAGCAACAACAACAAAAUCAACAAACACCACAACCAUAUACACACCAACAAACCCUGCCAAGGCAACAUAAUUGUAAUACAUUGCCAGCAUCACCGCAACAAUUUUAUCGCUCCCAACAACAAUUACGUUUAUCACCGCUGCUGGGCAGUCAGUUACUGAACCAGCAUUAUAUAAGCAAUCCGGAUUUUAUGUACGAAAUGGGUUCGCGCAGUUGUUUGAGACGACGCUGUCGACAGGACAACAAUUGUGUGCUGCUCUGAGAGAGGCAUAAAAAA